AUGUUAUUAUAUUUCUGUACACAUCACAAAGAACUAGCUCAAAAGAUUUAUGCUCUUUCUCUUCACGAAAAGAAGCAUUUCCCUUUUGCUAUUUCAGUAUUGCAUUUGCUUAAGAUUGCAAUUGACUUAAUUAAGGGACGGAGGUUUAACAAGUAUAUUAACGAAAAUCACAGCGUCAUGAGUACGAUGCAAAUAGUGCAGGCAGAUAUAUGUAGAGAGUUUCUAAAACUAUGGACAAGCAAAUCAUACAUGGAAUUGGAUUUUCAUCACACCAUUGAGUCCUACAAUUUUGAGAUUGUAAAGAAGGAGAGCUAUGCUAAGAAAUUAUUGCUUUCAGACAUACAACAGUCUGCUCAGCGUGGCCAAUCUCCAAUAUCACAGCAGGGAAGAUCGCCUGCUUCACCUUCAUCUUCGCAUCAAACAACUCUUAAGAAUAGAAACCUCUUCAAAUAG